AUGGACCAGGGCAAGCACCACUUCCUCUUCAGCUGCAAGGCCAACUACCUGUUCAAGCAGCACACAUUGCCUCAUGUCAAGGUCAAGGGUGACUCAGCCUGGACAUCAAGCAAGAAGCGCCUGCUUGUGUACUCCUACAUUGACAAGAAGCCACUCAACAUGAUCACCAAUGACAACAAGAGACCACUGGCAACCAGAGAAUUCAAAGAUGGCAGAGCUGUACCCAACAUCAUUGCUGGCUACUGCAGCACCCUUGGCUACAUCAACCAGGUGAACUUCCACACCACGUUCAUGAUCAGUGUUGUCAACUCCUGGCUCCUCUACACGCAUGUCAACAAGGACAAAAAGGGCGUCACAUACUGCACUUAUCUACGUCUUCUGUUGGAGGCUCUUGUGAAGGUUGGUGGACGCUUGUAUCGCAAGCGCAAGCGCCAGGCUGCCGAUUCUCCCUUCGAGCCAUCUCCAACGCCCGCACAACUGCGUCGCCACAUUGGCCCCGAUGCGGCAGCGGCUGCGGCCAAUGCGGCCGGUGCGGCGACGGCGGCUGGUGUGGAGACGGCGGCCAGUGCGGCGACGGAGGCCAGUGCAGCAACGGCGGCUGGUGUGGCGACGGCGGCUGGUGCGGAGACGGCGGCCAGUGCGGCGACGGGAGCCGGUGCGGUGACGGAGGCCGGUGCGGCGACGGGAGCCGGUGCGGUGACGGAGGCCGGUGCGGCGACGGGAGCCGGUGCGGUGACGGAGGCCGGUGCGGCGACGGGAGCCGGUGCGGUGACGGAGGCCGGUGCGGCGACGGGAGCCGGUGCGGCGACGGAGGGCGGUGCGGCGACGGGAGCCGUGCGGCGACAGCAGCCGGUGUGA